UUUUCAAAAGGACAACAUUCCCCCUUGUACUCUCAUUUGUCUAUGAUCACCUUCUACCUUCUUCUUUGCUCUUACAUACACAUUCCUAAAUCUAAAUCCUCCCUUCAACUUGCACAAUAGCCAUUCCCUCAUCUAUACACAAAACUCCCCUUCCAUAUUCUCAAAGACCCUUCGGCGCUUAAUUUUGUUUCAGAGACCACAGGUAUCUUCUACAGAAGACAAUUUUAUAUAUGCUUAGUUUAGUCUGAAUUGCAAAAUGCUAGGGAAGAAGAUGGUAUCAUUGAAGAAACUAGCCAAAAGGGUUAAGGGUGUUGGAGGAGCUGAUCACUCUGACCCUCCAUACCAAGAAUGUUUGCUAAAGGGGUAUGAGGAAGGUAAAGAAUCACCCUCUAGCACAACCCCAACAGGUUUUUUUGCACUUUAUGUUGGUGAGGAGCGUCAGAGAUAUGUGGUUCCAACCAGCUACCUCUCUCACCCUCUAUUCAAGAUGCUGCUGGAGAAGGCCUACAAUGAAUUUGGCUUUGCACAGAGGAAUGGCCUAGUGGUGCCAUGCAGUGUUUCCACAUUUCAGGAGGUGGUGAAUGCUAUUGAAUGCAACAAUGGCAAGUUUGACUUGGGCAAGAUUUUUGAAGAUUUUGCUUAGCUAGAGUGCACAGAAAAACGGAUAUCAUGUCAUGUGCCUUGCCUUGUUAAUUAAUUAAUUUCUUCUUUUGUUUCUUUGGUUAGUAGUGUUGAAAUGCAUCAGAACUAUGACCUCUUUGUUGGUGGGUUAUAUUUAUUGGAUGUUGUUCUAGCCAGAAUUUAGAACAUAGGUCUUCAUGAUGGCUAGCUGAGUUAGCUUUAAUUUCAAUUAGGAUUUUGAUCUGACAUGUAAAUUAGUUUUUGCCUGUUUAAUAGUGAACUAUAUAUCAAUAUUUUUAAAGUCUA